CUUGCAGACUGUUUGUGCCAAGUCUUAGUGGUGCUGCUAAGUCUGUGUGAAGGACCCUGGGCUGCACCACGACCAAAGCCUUUCGACCCCCGGACUGAAUUUGAUUCGAUUGUCAACCUGGCAAGAAACCUGCUGAGUGAUACCAAGAGCCUCUUUAACCACUUUAAAACCCGUUACCCAGCAGAAGGGGAGCACAAGUUGGAAACGCUGCCUGUUUUGUCCAUGAAUGCGGUGGAACUUGCCAAUAUUCAGGUCUCUGGGGGUCUCGCCCGGCUCAGCUCAGACUUGCAGUGCUACCAACGCCACUUUGAGUGGCUACGGAAAGCAGCGACAUUGUUGCGGCCCAUGGAGCAUGACAUCGGCACUGUGCACAACCGGCUUGACCGCCUGCUCAAAAGAUUGGAGCACCUGAUGGCAAAGCUCAGCCUCUCCCGGCCCAAUGACCCUCUGCCAACCCUCCCAGCUCAUGGCACCCACUGGUCUGUCGUUCAGGCAGGCCAUGCCAUCGUCCACUCAUUUCACCUUUAUCUAGACUGGGCGGCACGUGUGCUGGUUCUGAUCCGGAACAAGCUGUGA